AUGGCGCGCCUGUGGGUGCUGUGGGGUGCCCUGCUGGGCUGGGGUGAGCCGGGGGGGGCGAAGGGAGAUGGGGGCUGCGAAUCCUGUCCCUCUCUCUCUUCCCUCUCUCAAUUCCCAAAGUCCUGGGAAUUAUAGCUCUGAGCAGCGGGUUGGAGUAGAUGACCCUUGAGGUCCUUCCAUCUCUCCCAUUCUAGGAUGCUCACUGUCUCUCUCACACUUCCUCUCCUUUUAAUGGCACUUUCCCCCUUUUUCCCCCCUAGCUGGGUCUCCAUUUCCUAGCUGGGGCGCCUAUGGGAACUCAAGCGUGAGCACCUGCAACUUUGCCUGCGACCGCUGGGAUUGCUCUGAUGAGAGCCAUUGCGGUAAGUUUUGGCGUCACCAAAGGAAUCGGUGAGUCGUGCCUCGAUUCCCCUCGCAGAGAGUGAUUUAACCCAUCUUGACAUCCCUCAAAGCACCCUGGGAACUGUAGUUUCCUAUGGAAGGAGAAUAUUCUGCACUGCCUUUCCAAGGAAACUCUGGGAGUUAUAGCUCCGAGAGGGUCUCCUUGGGAAACUGAACAAGCUACAGUUCCCACAAUGUCCCCCAAAGCACCCUGAAAACGAUUGCUUGCUCUGGGCGUUGAGGGUUGCGAUUCCCUUGACAGAACUACAGUUCCCAAGCCCAUUUCUCUUCCCUGGGAACUGUAGCUCAUGGGGGGGGAACAGGGGUCUCCUAACAGCAAUUGGUGCUCGGAAUGCUGGGAACUGUAGCUUGCUCAGGGCACCUGAUUCCUUCUCCUUCCAGGCUACCGGAAUGGGCUGGCACUGCCAGGUGCCGCCUUGGCCUGCGACUUUGAAGGCACCACCUGCGGCUGGGAGGACGUCAGCACGUCUGGGUACCGGUGGCACCCAGGGCGGGGCGGAGGCUGGGCGCGCGGCGCCAACCCCCCCUUCGACCACACGCUGGGCACCGACCAGGGUAAACGUGCUUCAUUUGAAGGGAGGGGAAGCAUUGCUUAGCGGUUAGAGCACCCAUUUGACCUGGCGCCCCCCGACCUCCCUUCAGGCUGGUACAUGAGCACCUCAGAGCAGCGAGCCAAGCCGCCUGCCGCCCCUGCCCGACUCCGCUCCCCGACCCUGAGCGACGCAGCCUCAACCUGUGAGCUCCGCGCCUGGUACAGCAUGGCCGAGACAGGUAAGCUUGGGGCGCUGGCGGUCAGAAAUCCAACAGGUGCAGAGCCACCUGCUCGGCCUUUUCCCCGGUGUGGUGGGGGAAAUGCCGCCUGGCCCAGUUCUCAUAAUUGCAUAUCAAUAUUACAUAAUACGUUUCUAAACUGCAGGAUGUAUCGUAUCAUAUAAUUAGUAUUUCUUGAUUUCCAGACUACUGACCAACCUGGUAAGGUCGGUGUAAAGAAAUACCAUCCUGAUCAUUCUUAUCUUGACAUUUACUGAUGCCCUGCUUCCUGCCCCCAUUGGGGACUGAUAAAAACGAGAGCGGCUGAGACGAGAUGGCAAUCUGCAAUCCUCACCGGGGUCAGACUAGAUGACCCUCGGGUCCCUCACCCCUCCUCCCUUCCCCUGCAGGAUUCAACAGGAGCUUCACAUUGGAGUUGAGCCAUGGCGGCCACGUUGUCCCCCUGUGGCGAAGCCCCGCCUCGUCCUCUGGUGCCUGGCGCCCCCUGCUGGCCUACACUGGAAGAGUCCGUGGCGCUUUCCAGGUGGGUCUUGGGCUCCUCGCUCUCCCCGGCCUGCUCCUUCUCCGGAGCAUGUCAAGAGCGCUGCCUCCCCCUCCACAGGUGACCUUCUCCUCGGUGGCGAGCGUGGCGCUGGACGAUGUACAGUUCAGGAACUGUGGCCCCCAAAGUAAGGCUUUCUUUUCCGCCUCCUCAAAACCCUGCCAACCAGAUAGACUGCCUCUGGGCUUGGAGGCUCCCCAUUCACCGUCCCAACAUUUCCAGGUCCCCGGAGCUGCGCCCCAAACGAGCGCCCGUGCCUGCCAAGAGGCUGCGUGGCCCCUGCCCGCCAUUGUGAUGGCACCGAGGACUGCAGCGACGGCAGCGACGAACAGGGUUGCGGUGAGCAGUCGGGGCCGGGGGGGGGGCAUGGGCGCCACCGGAAGGGGGGAGGGCGGAAAAGGCACCUUGGGACCCCCCCUCACCUGCCUUUCUCCCCCAGAGACCUUCCUCUCGUGCCCCUUCGAGGAGGACUGGUGCAAGUGGACAGCGGGUGCCAACCAGAACCUCUCCUGGGCGAGGAACUGCAGCUCCCAGGUGCCGUCGUCCCCAGCCCGUCCCACCCGCGACCACACCACCAACACGCCGGAAGGUGGGUGCUGGUUGUUAAUAUGUAGAGGAUGCCAGCAAGGCUGAAUCUUUCCGUAAAGAAAUGAUUUGAAUCAAGUCUUACCAACUCGGGGCAUGUGCAGAGUUCUGCACCUCCAGGAGCUCACAACUAUCUUUCUGAGCUCAUUUAUACGUGGGGGGGGCAUGAUAUUGACAUAGAUAGAGAUCAUUUAAACAUAGAGAUAAUUUAUAGGCAGAGAUACACAUAAUAAAUAGCUCUGUUCCAUGAGCAUAACUAUAGGCAUAUAUGUGUAUAAAUAUAAAUAAAAUGGAUGUGUAUAUGUGUGUGUGUGUGUGUGUGUGUAUAUGGGUGUGUGUGUGUGUGUGUGUGUGUGUGUGUGUGUAUAUAUAUAUAUAUAUAUAUAUGUAAAUGAAAUGUGUAUUUACAUAUGUAUAUGCGUUUGUAUAUAAAUAAAUAAAUAAUAUGGAUAUAUGGGUAUAUGUGUGUAUAGAUACGCGUGUAUAGAUUUAUAAAUAUAAUUGAUAUAUGCAUAUGUGUGCAUAUAUAGAUAUAGAUAUAGAUAUAAAAUGAAUAUCUAUAUGCAAUGUAUGUGUCUUUAUAGAUGACAUAGAAUCACAGAAUUCUAGAAUUACCGAGUUGGAAGGGACACCUCAGGUCAUCUAGGCAGGAAUCUUUUGCCCAAAUUGGGGCUCGAACCCACGACCCUGAGAUUAAGAGGAGAAACCCAGCCAGAUGGACGGGGUAUAAAUAUAUUAUUAUUAUUAUUAUUAUUAUUAUUAUUAAUAAUAAUAAAGGUAGAGUCUAUUAAUGGUAGAGUCUUGUAUUCUACCAACUGCCCUGACACAUAUAUUUAUAGAUUUUGUGAUUGUAUAACAGAGCUUUACAAACUUCUUACGUUGGGGUCACAGUGACGAAUAAAUCUUGAUCUUGGGGUGGCAUCUCACUGGCUGUGCCUCAGCUCCCUCUUUUGUGCUCCUCUCUCCCAGGGUACUUCAUCUACCCCACCUUGGUGGCGAACGGGUCCUGCCAUGUGAGUCCACUGUCAUUAUCAUUAUCAUCAUAAUUUACGAUUUAUUAUUUGCAGAAAUAUGGGAGGAGCUUAUUAUAAUUAUUUACUAUUUGUUUUCUACGGAAAUAUGGGUCAAUACUGAUUAUUGAAUAUGAAGAAUAUCGGCCGCCCCUGUACUGGUGAAUGGCUCGGACCCUCGGCUCUAGCGCUACGUUUCCCUUCCAGCUGGUGCUCUAUGCCCACCUGCACGGGUCGGACGCCAACCGCCUGAACGUCUACUCCCAGACAGAGACGAAGAGGGAGCUGAUCCUCAGCCGUGCCGGCGACCUGGCCAACUUCUGCUUCCCCCACAAAGCCACUUUCAACGGCACUGAGGACUUCCAGGUACCCCCAAUCCCUGUAAAGGCAGAGGAGCGCUGCCGGCGCCAGGAAUUUGGCAGCCCAGAUGGCGGGUUCUGCCCUGCCCUGCCCUGCCCUGCCCUGCCCUGACUUCAGGGUUCGACAUUCGCCAGGUGCAUUUGGUGCCAGGUUGGCCACAUCUCCCUCCGGCUGGGCCCAUAAGCAGAAGGGCUUAUUUCAAAAAAAUAGGACCCCAGCAGUCAUCUAGUCCAACCCCCUGCAAGACAGCAAUCUCAGCUCCAACUCUCCAAGCUCUUCUUCCAAACCUCCAAGGAAGGAAAGGUUUCUUAUUGCCCCCUUUCUCCUCCCUUCUUCCCUACAAUAACCUUGCCAGCAACACCCCCCCCCAACCCUUGCCAGGUAGGCUCAGAGGAGGCGACAGACUCCAGGGUCUGUCUGAGUGAGGAUUCAAACCCGGAUCUCGGACACUAAGGACUGCGCCACACUGCCUUCCCAGAGCACUUCUGCAAUAUUAUAGUCAGCAAAUAAAUAGGGGGAAUAAAGAAAUAUAGUCUUUUCCUGGGCUUUACUCUGGAUGUUUUAAUGCCAACUGCUUGGAAGUGUUUUUUUUCAAAUGUAAAGUGGUACAGAAAGGAAAUGGAGAACGCUCAUAAUAAGUAAAAAAAGAAAAGGGUUUCUCUCGGACUCGCUCCCUCCUUCCAGAUUGUCCUUGAGGGCGUCAUUGGGAAGGAUCCCCAAAGCAGCAUCACUCUGGAUGACCUGAUCCUGUCUCCCGGUUGCAUCCAGCAAAGCGGUGAGGGGAAAAGGUGUUGAAAGAAGGCUCCAGUUCUCUUGAGGGCAAUUCUUUCUCCCAAAAUAUUUCACAUGGGUCAUAUCUGCAUGUGUGCACAUGUAUGUGUAAUGACUGCUUGUCAAUAUUAAGAAGAUGCCAGCAAGGCUGAAUCUUUCUGUAAAAAACUGGUUUAAAUCAAGUCUGACUGACUUGGGAUUUAAAUGGUGGUUUAAAUUGUCAUUUAAAUUGAUUUGAUUUCGAUCAAAUCCACCCUGCUCUGGAAAUUUCUUAUUCCAAAAAGGAAACCUUCUGGUUGUCAAUAUUAAGACGAUACCAGCAAGGCUGAAUAUUUUUGUAACAAAAAUGGCCUAUGGGAAGGGGACCCCCAGGGUCAUCCAAUCCAACCCCCACCUUUUGGGCUGCAACCGAUGAAGAGUCACAGACAUUGACACCCCCUUCCCUCCCCAUCCAGAACUGCUCUCCGCUCCCCCCACCAAGCAACCACCCAGACCGCUGCCCUGCAAGGACGACCAGUUUGCCUGUGACAGUGGGGCGCGCUGCUUAGGCGGCAAGCAAGUGUGUGACUUUGAGGCCGACUGCCGCGACGGCAACGACGAGAGCCAGUGUGGUGAGCGUCUGCCGUGGGCCUCUGUUAACCCACAGUACCGCCUGCCACAGGAGUCUCUUGUGACACAGAAAGCAGAUUCCCUGCUGGGCCUGAGCCCACCCAGGGGUGGCACCUGGGCACCCUAAAAUCUGCUUUGGGCAUCACAGAAUGAUAGCUGGAGUCAUCUAGCCCAGCCCCGAUCCCAGCAGCCCCUGUCCUUUCCUAGGAGCCAGCAAUUUCACCCAUGGCAUGGGCGGCUGGGCGGACGUCAGCGUAGGCCGGAUCCAGUGGGUCAGCGCGGGGCCGGAUCCUGCGUCGCCCGGACUGGGCCUGGGCCAGGCUCCGGGGCAGAUGCUCUCCCUGGCCAGGGCCACCACGCCGCUCCUGGGGCCUUCCAGCUGGGCCUGUGCUGUGGAGCUGCAGUUCAACACCGGCCCUCAAGGUAGGUGCAGCCGGGGGGCCAAUUCAGGGAGGACCAGAUCCAUUUUCCAUGUAAACGCACAGGAGCUGCAACAUGCAGGCAGACGCAUGCAAAUUAUUAUUAUUAUAAUUUACUAUCAUCAUUGACUAUUAUUUACAGAAAUAUUGGAGCAGAUUUUGUGAUUUAAUUUGGAUUUUUAAAACAAAGUGCUUUGGGAGGAAAAAUCUUUCUCAAGAUUUCCUCUUUAAGUGACAUCAGAGUCCAAAGGCUAUUCCCCGGGAAAUAAGGAUUUAUUUUAAGUUCUUCACGUGUGCUAAAACUCAGUAAAAAUAAUCCUGAUUGUUUAACCACAUCAGUCGCGCUCUUUUCCCAGGGCUCCUGGCUCUGGCUGUCACCGACGCAGCGCCGGGCCGGUGGUUGUGGCACGCCCAGGGCAAUGGCACUGCCGCCUGGCAGCACGCCACCGUGGCCCUGGGUGCGAGAGAACGGCCUUUCCAGGUGAGCCAGCAGCUCCCCCACCCCCCACCCCGCCUGAGGUGGGUGACAGCGGGUUGGGCUGGAUGACCCCUGGGGUUCCCUUAUCUCUGUCUCCCCGAAGCUGGAGCUCCUGGCGACGGAGGAGGAUCUUGCCCUGGCCAUCAAGAGCGUGGCCUUUCUGGACUGCGGUGCUUCUCUCUCGCACCCCUCAGGUAUGUCACCAUCGGAGGGCGCUGAUUCCCCUCCGCCCGUCAGAAUCAUUCUUCAACAUUUUCCCAAUUUGGGGCCACUAUUGUUUUAGCCAGGCAUCCCCAACCUUCGGCCCUCCAGAUGUUUUGGACUACAAUUCCCAUCAUUCCUGACCACUUGUCCUGUUAGCUAGGGAUCAUGGGAGUUGUAGGUCAAAACAUCUGGAGGGCCUCAGGUUGGGGAUGACUGGAUCCAUCAGCUGCCGGGAGUCCCUGUCGGGGGGUGGGGGUGGAAUGCAUGCUAUUAAUAAUAAUGAUGAUGACAAUGAUGAUGCUUCAAUUUGAAGAAUCGUUACUAGUUUUGUAAUGAUUUCCUCAUCCUAAAUUUCUCUAAACUGCCUGGGAGGAAGGCAGGAUAUAGUAUAAUAUGUAUAUAUUAUAGAUAUAUAUAUAAAUAUAUAUACACAUACACAUAAUAAAUAUAUACAUAAAUAUACAUAGUAAAUAUAGACAUCAUAUCAAUUUAUACAUAGCAAUAACAACAAUAGAAUACUGGGCACAAUAACAAUAGUAAGAACAGUAACAUGAUACUGGGCCCAAUAUAAUACGGGGUGAGUACACAUGUUCCACGGGGCCUCCUUUAAAAGACUCACCCUGUAUAUUGUUGUUGUUAAUAAUAAUAAUAAUAAUAAUAUUCCGCUUCUUCUUCCUCAGGGUGUGACAGUCCAAAAAUGAUUGUUUUCCUUAUUAUGCUGUCUUUUACCAUGCUUUGAUUUAUGCUCUGUAAAAUAGCCUCUGAAAACGGUACACUGUCCUGAGAUCUUUGGAUUAACGCUAGUAUAUACUAAUCUUAAUAUACUUAUGAUAUAUAAUGUAAUAAUGAUGAUUAUAAUAAGAAUCAUAAUAUUAAUAAGAAGCUAUCUAAGUGUGUGUGUGUUCUUCCCCCUGAUGGUCUCUCUCCUCUCUCUCUCUCUCUCUCUCUCUCUACCUGCCCCACAGGGCUGUCGUGCAACUUUGAGAGCGACCUGUGUGGGUGGUUUGCUGAGCCGGGCGACGGGUUUGAGUGGCGCCUCCACAUCGGCCAGGACCACACGACGGGCAGAGGUAGGAAGAUUUGAACCCAAGACCUUCCCUUUCAGAAAGCUGCUUGUGUUUCCAGUCCUCCUGCACUGGUUUGGCAAGGAGCAAAGGCUUGCCGUCGAAAUUAUUCCACUCCCAUGGCCAAAUCGGGUGGAAUUAUGCUGAUAAUGUCACUAUAAGUUGCUGUAUAAGUUUUCAGCUGAAUUUGGAGAAAGGGCUUGCAGCUUUUCCGGGAUCUGCUCCUUGCAAAAGAGCAGAAAGCCUGCCAAUUUUGAGAACAAACCUGAUUUGCGAUGGGGGUGGAAUAAUUUCAAUUGCAAUUUGUGCAGCCAAAGCAGCUCACAGCUCCUGGGGCAAACCUUGACACAUCCCAAAAGAGAUUUCUUUUUUGAAUUGAAAUGGUUGUUGUGAUUAAUUUGAUAUUAUGCUGCUGUUACUGGUUUAAGGUUUGGAUGAAAGAUGCCCCCUCAAAUGUGCUCUUAUGUUCCAGUUCCAUAUGUUGUUGUUGUUGUUGUUUAGUUGUUUAGUCGUGUCCGACUCUUCGUGACCCCAUGGACCAGAGCACGCCAGGCACUUCUGUCCUCCACUGCCUCCCGCAGUUUGGUCAAACUCAUGCUGGUAGCUUCGAGAAUACCAUCCAACCAUCUCAUCCUCUGUCGUCCCCUUCUCCUUGUGCCCUCCAUCUUUCCCAACAUCAGGGUCUUUUCCAGGGAGUCUUCUCUUCUCAUGAGGUGACCAAAGUAUUGGAGCCUCAACUUCACGAUCUGUCCUUCCAGUGAGCACUCAGGGCUGAUUUCCUUCAGAAUGGAGAGGUUUGAUCUUCUUGCAGUCCAUGGGACUCUCAAGAGUCUCCUCCAGCACCAUAAUUCAAAAGCAUCAAUUCUUCGGCGAUCAGCCUUCUUUAUGGUCCAGCUCUCACUUCCAUACAUCACUACUGGGAAAACCAUAGCUUUUACUAUACGGACCUUUGUUGGCAAGGUGAUGUCUCUACUUUUUAGGAUGCUGUCUAGGUUUGUCAUUGCUUUUCUAGUUCCAUAUGGGCGGGGUAUAAAUAAUAUCUUCUUCUUCUUCUUCUUCUUCUUCUUCUUCUUCUUCUUCUUCUUAUGAUUAUGCGGUUGGAUAUAAAUCACAUUAAUAGUAAUUGUAAUAGUAAUAACUGCCCGUCUCCAAAUCACACAGUUGGGUUCGUAGGCUCGACCAAAAUGACUUAAACCAUUCCUAUCAGUUUGCCAAGAAUUUCUAGAUGGCUCGAAAAACCUCAUUUUGGAAAUAAAACAAAAAAAUCAAUCAUUGAUCCAGUUUCAGUCCCACAAACUAUCCCUUGUCGGGAGUUCCAAAGGAGGCAGCUGCUCUCUGAAAUGGAACUUAGAGGGCAAGUCUCAGGGGGCAAGCAGGUGGAUUUUGAGGGCAAGCUGAGCCUUGGCGCAAAUUCAAACCCAGGACCUGACCCUGUCGCCCCACAGGUUCUUUCCUCUCGGCGGACCCUGCGGCACCCGGAUCCCACGGCCGGCGGGCGAGGCUGGUCUCUGCCCCCCAAGCUUCGCUGACACUGUCCAACGCCUGCCUCUCCUUCUGGUACCGCCUGGAGGGGCCCCAGAUUGGUAAGGGCGGCUCUCAAGUGGCAGGCAGUUCCCCAGAUGGUGCAGGUUUGAGAGCAAGAUGCUGGGAAGGCCCAGGACACAAGGAGUGCCAGCCUGACAAUCAAGUGGCAGGGAGUUCCAAUGGAGGAGACUGCCAGAUCUCCAGAGGCGAGGGGAUUUCUUCAUCUCAAGUAGCAGGGAGUUCCCAAGAUGGCAAGCGCUGCAAGUCCAUCCAGGAGGGAGGAGGCCAUUCAGUCAGCUGGCAUGCGGGCCGAGAUUUCCAAAGGGAGUUUUCGUCAUGGAAGAGGGCGGGACUCGAACCUGCAGCUUCAGCUCUAGCAAGGAAUUUCAGCGGAGGGAGGGAUGCCCUCGAAGGAGUGGCGUCGCCGGAGACUUUUCAGAUGAGAAUAAUGAAAUUUUUAUAUACCAUCCUAUACCCCAAAGUCUCAGGGAGGUUCACAGACAAAUGAACAAAUAUCAAUUCGUUAUUGAGAAAUAGUAUUUCUUGCUUAUCAUCAUUUUUAUAUUAUAUUUUUAUAUUAUUUAUAUUGUAUUUAUAAAAAAAAUUAUCAAAUUCUUAUAUUAUCAUAUAAAAAGAAUGAUAAGAAUAAAUGAUGGUAAAAAGUACUAUUUCUCAAAAACAAAUAUUGGUGACAAGUUAUAAUCCAGAAAAAUUAAGAACACCGGUUGAUGGUAUUAAAUGAUGAGUGGUAAUGAGCCACGAUGAUGAUGAUGAUGAUGAUAAUAAUAAUAAUAAUAAUGUAUUUAUACCCCGCCUAUCUGGGCAGCUUCCAACCAGAUAUUAAAAACAAUACAGCAUAAAUAACAAUCAGCAAGAAUCCUUUAAAAAUAAAUAAUAGCUUAAUGGUUAUAGCAGUUAAGAAAAGGAAAUACAGUAGUAAGAAUAAUGAACAAAGAUAAAAACACAUAGCGGUUGGGGGAAAGGAUGCGAUGAUGAGGAGGAGGAGGAGGAGGAGGAUUAUAUAAUAGCAAUUAAUGGAGCCCCUCCCCCCCUCUUUCCCAGGCACCUUCAACCUGCUGGUGAAAUCCGCCGGUGCCGCAGAGGAAGUUCUGUGGACCCGGGUGGGGAGUCAGGGCGCCGCUUGGCGCCGUGCCUCGGCCACAAUUCCCCAGCACCUGCUGCCCGGCUUCCAGGUGAGGUCUUGGGAUCGAAUCCAGCUUAGAAUAAGAACAAGCAAAAUCAUCGUGAAUAACAGCACCGGAAACUAUUUUCUUUCCAUUCCAGGUGAUCUUUGAGCUGCUCCGCGACGGCUUCGUGGGAACCGUGGCACUGGACGACGUAGCACUGGCGCCCGGCCCCUGCACUGCCCCCCUCCGCUGCAACUUUGAGGAGCCCGGCGCCUGCAAUGUUUCGGGAGGAGGGUGGGUGCGGCGGCAGGGCGGCGGCACCUCAGGGCAAGGCCCGCCCCAUGACCGCAACCUUGGCACAUCGGAGGGUGAGUGACGCCAGGGUCAGGCUGGAUGACCGCCGGCUCCCAAUAUGGAAGGAGACCCCAACUGGAACUCACCGCUUCCCUCCCCAGGACACUACAUGGUUGCCGACACCAGCGCCCUGGCAGCGGGAGAAGCGGUGCCGCUGUGGACGGGGAUGUACCUGCCGCUGGGGGGAACCCACUGUGUCGGAUUCUGGUACUACCUGAGCACUGGAGACGCAGGUAAAAGCUCGGGGUGGGAUGGAUGACCCACCAGGGUCCCGCCCUGCCAGAAAGCUUGAUGACUCCACCAAGGCACUCUCUCGCCAGGCUCUCUGCGCGCCUCCGUGGAGGAAGAGGGCGGGAGGCAGACCGAGGCGCUGGCAGCGGGUUCAAGGCGGCACGGGAGCUGGCGCUACGCAAAUUUCACGGCGGAAGUUAGCGGCGAGUGGCGGGUGAGCGCCAAGGGGAGAGUCGGGUUGGGGGAAUGGUGCUGGGUUUGAGUUUGUGGCAGCAUGCGGACCCCCCUCUCUCUGGCGCAGGUGGCUUUUGCGGCAGAAGGCGAUGGAGGGGCUGUGCCAUCGUAUGUGGCGCUCGACGACCUUGAGGUGACACCGGGGAGCUGCCUCGGCGCUGGUAAGUCUUGGGAGUUGUAGCGCCGCAUGACCAAAGGGUUUGGGUGCAGAAUAUUGCCAGGAGAUUGACUGCUCUGGCUUCUCUCCGCUCAGGCUCAUGCGAUUUUGAAUCCGGCACCUGUGGCUGGAGGAAGCCCCAUGGUGAUUGGCGGAGCUGGGAUUGGGCCGGGGCGGGCACGGACGGUGAGUCUCGCACGCGGUACCCCCAAGCGUCUGGGGCGGGACGCUUACGACUUACGACCCUGCAAGGUGGGUCGAGGAGAUUGGAAUGAAUCGUCGCAAUAAUGGUUUGCUCUGAGCUGGGUCCGGGUGCGAGUAAUCGGGCUUCUCUCCCGAUUAUUAUUUUCAUUUCUCUCUAGGGCGCCACAUCUCCGUCCAGGUGGGCGCAGGACACCACGCCGCCCGCCUCACCAGCGAGACCCUUGAAGGCACCGGCUGCUUCCACUUCCGCCACCGCUUGGCCUUCCAGGGGGAAAGUGGUGAGUCAGGUUUUACUUGGGCCGGUGGAACUCCCUGAUGCGGGAAGGGAAUUAUUGCGGAGCCUCUGGCACCCAAACCCACUGCCCACAUGACUCCGCCUUCCUUUCCCUCCCCAGCAGGCAAUGCUGAGCUCCGGGUGCUCCUGUCUGGCCCGCAGGGGGGAGCGUGUGGUCUGGCGGGCAGCCGGCCACCAAGGUUGGGCCUGGCGGGAGGAGAGGCUUCUCAUUGACAGUGGUGGUGAGUUCCAGGUAAGCCAUCUCAGAAAGUUUGGUGCCUUUGAGACUGUCUGCCACUGGUGUUCCUAUGAUAAUUAAACGUCCUUAUAUUAUUCCUAUUAAACUCCUUUAAAUGUGACGGCCUUUGUCCACCUUUGGGACUGCCUGCCACUGGAUGCCCUAUAAAGACGUGGGGCUUUUCGGUUCGAAAAGAGAAUCCCAAUUACCCCUUUGGGACUUCUUGCCACGGCACCAUGAAACUUUGGGACUCCCUGCCACUUUGGAACGCCUCUUGCAAGAGACGUUCAGCAGGUGGCGGAUUCGAAUUCCUUCCUGGCAGGAGGCACUGCUGGUUUGAACCCAUGUCUCGCAGGUGGUGCUGGAAGUGGGCGCUGGCGAUUGGUCCGGCACGGGCACCAUUGCGGUGGACGACGUAGCAUACGUGGCAGGAGGCGGGUGCGAGGAGCGGCGCCAGGAGAGCGGUGGUGAAGGUGAGGGGAGGCCCAAUGCUUUGGGGAUCCGGGGUUCAAGAGACACACAGGCGCAUACAAAGGGAGUCUUUCCCCCCCCAGGGAGCAGUGCCCCCACCCUGCCUUGGGAGGCUGCCGUUGCAUCCGCAGCCGCCUGCGCCCUUUUUGGGGGGCUCCUGGCCUGGGCCGUCGCUCACCGCUUUCGGAAGAAGUGCUGGCCGUUGGAGGCGCCCCAGUUCGAGGGCUUCGACAAUGUUGCCUUCCAAGACGUGAGUCCCUUGCACCCUGGACCCCCUGUCCCACCCCCAGCCCCGUCCCCCUUCCAUACGCCAGAGGCAGUCUACCUGCCUCCCUGUGAUAAGAGGUGGGGCCUCCAGGGCCAGAGGCAGCCUUACCUGCAUUGGUGAAUUCCAUGCCUGGCCAUGAACUACCCGCUUUGCAUUUGCAGGACCAGGUUCGGAUCGUGGAGCUGCCCAUCAGCGCGCCAACAAACUAG